CGCAGCUGGUCCACUUCUCCGGGUUCUACGGCCGCGCGGCCUCGGGAGGUGCCUGGGCUGUCGGGGACGGAGGCCGCGACCAUGCUGUCCAUCUGAGGGAGGCGCGCGCUGCGUGGCCAGGAAGCAACCCAAUAGCCCUCUUAGGGCCUAUUUUUGCUUUUUUCCCCUCUGGGACCGCCGCCCCGCGCGCCUGAUUUCCUUCUGCAGAGACCGCGACGCCCCCUCCUGGGCCGAGCCUCGGUGCCCGCCUGCCUGAGAGGCGCCGCCCGCCCGCCGGCCGGAGCGAACCUGGAGCCGCCGCCGCUGUGUCCGCCGCGCUUCUCGCGGAGCCUGGGCUACCGGCGGGGCCUGGGGCCUGGGCGCCGGGCGGGGCGCUGCGGCGGCCGCCUCUCCCCGCGCCGGGCUCGCUGGGCCCCGGGCCUGGCCGGGCCGGCCGCCGCGCCUUCCUGACCUGCCGCCGCGGGAGUCCGGCACCAACCGCCGCCCCUCCGCCCUCGGCUUGCCGCCCGGACCCCCGCUUCCUUUGUGGAUGCCCGGCGCGAGUCUCUGCGCCUCUGCCCUCCUGGUCUUUUCCUCACACCCGCGCGGAUACCAAAUCACCUGUCUCCCGGCGGGGGAUGACUGGCCAGUGACGGCGGCCGGGCCGGCCAGCACGCGGACCCGGUGCCCUAGCACAGGCCGCCGUGAAGCCACAACUCCCCGGCUCCAGACCCUCCUCUUUCCCCCAUUCCGAGCUCUGUGGAAAGAGAGGAGACACCGGAGAAGAUGUGGCUGAAGCUUUUUUUCCUGCUCCUUUAUUUUCUGGUCCUGUUCGUCCUGGCCAGAUUUUUUGAGGCCAUUGUGUGGUAUGAAACUGGCAUCUUUGCCACCCAGCUGGUGGAUCCGGUGGCGCUGAGCUUCAAGAAGCUGAAGACCAUUUUGGAGUGCCGGGGGCUGGGCUACUCGGGGCUGCCGGAGAAGAAGGAUGUCCGGGAGCUGGUGGAAAAGUCAGGUGACUUGAUGGAAGGUGAGCUCUAUUCUGCUCUCAAGGAAGAAGAAGCAUCUGAAUCUGUUUCUAGUACCAAUUUCAGUGGUGAAAUGCACUUCUAUGAGCUUGUAGAAGAUACAAAAGAUGGCAUCUGGCUGGUUCAGGUCAUAGCAAAUGACAGAAGUCCCUUGGUUGGUAAAAUUCACUGGGAGAAAAUGGUAAAAAAGGUGUCAAGAUUUGGAAUACGUACGGGCACAUUUAACUGUUCCAGUGAUCCCAGAUAUUGCAGGAGAAGAGGCUGGGUACGAUCUACACUCAUUAUGUCUGUUCCUCAAACAAGUACUUCUAAAGGGAAAGUCAUGCUUAAAGAAUACAGUGGACGCAAGGUUGAAGUAGAGCACAUUUUUAAAUGGAUCACUGCUCAUGCAGCUUCUCGAAUCAAAACCAUUUAUAAUGUUGAGCAUUUGAAAGAAGAAUGGAAUAAAACUGAUCAGUAUUGGGUAAAAAUAUACCUAUUUGCAAACCUUGACCAACCCCCAGCUUUCUUCUCUGCACUAAGUAUAAAGUUUACUGGAAGAGUUGAGUUUAUUUUUGUUAAUGUGGAAAAUUGGGACAACAAGAGUUACAUGACAGAUAUUGGUGUAUAUAACAUGCCCUCAUAUAUACUUAGAACUCCUGAAGGAAGUUACAGAUACGGAAACCACACAGGUGAAUUUAUAUCCCUUCAGGCCCUGGAUUCAUUUUUGCGCUCUUUACAACCCGAAGUAAAUGAUCUGUUUGUUUUGAGCUUGGUUCUAGUAAAUCUUAUGGCUUGGAUGGACUUAUUUAUUACACAAGGAGCUACCAUUAAGCGAUUUGUGGUUCUCAUAAGCACUUUAGGGACAUAUAAUUCUCUGUUAAUUAUUUCCUGGCUCCCUGUGUUGGGCUUUUUACAGCUCCCUUACUUAGAUAGCUUUUAUGAGUACAGCUUAAAGUUGUUGAGAUAUUCCAAUACAACCACACUGGCUUCGUGGGUAAGGGCAGACUGGAUGUUUUAUUCUUCACACCCAGCCCUAUUUCUCAGUACAUACCUUGGACAUGGUUUACUAAUUGAUUACUUUGAGAAGAAGAGACGGCGCAACAACAAUGAUGAAGUCAAUGCCAAUAACUUAGAAUGGUUAUCAAGUCUGUGGGACUGGUACACCAGCUACCUCUUCCACCCAAUUGCUUCUUUUCAGAACUUCCCUGUAGAAUCUGAUUGGGAUGAAGACCCUGACUUAUUCUUGGAGCGGUUAGCUUUCCCUGACCUUUGGCUUCACCCUCUGAUACCAACUGAUUAUAUAAAAAACUUACCAAUGUGGCGAUUCAAAUGUCUUGGAGUCCGGUCUGAAGAGGAAAUGUCAGAGGGUUCUCAAGAUAUUGAAAAUGAUUCUGACAGUGAGAACACAGACACUUUUAGCAGUGAGAAGGAAGCAUUUGAAGAUAAACAAAGCAUACUUCACAAUUCUCCAGGAAUAGCAAGUCUUUGUGAUUCUGAGGCUUGUUCAUGUGCCAAUAAAUAUUGUCAGACCAGCCCAUAUGAAAGGAAGGGGAGGUCAUAUGGAUCAUAUAACACUAAUGAAGACAUGGAACCUGAUUGGUUAACUUGGCCUGCUGACAUGCUGCACUGUACUGAAUGUGUUGUUUGCCUAGAGAAUUUUGAAAAUGGAUGUUUGUUAAUGGGGUUGCCUUGUGGUCAUGUGUUUCAUCAAAAUUGCAUUGUGAUGUGGUUGGCUGGGGGCCGACACUGUUGCCCUGUAUGCCGGUGGCCUUCAUAUAAAAAAAAGCAGCCAUAUGCACAACACCAGCCCUUGUCAAAUGACGUCCCAUCUUAACCAUGUGCAAUUUGUCCUUUAUAAGCUUUGAGUAUCUUACAGCUUGCCUUUUUAAUGUUAGUCACAAUGUUUUGUGGUUUGAAGUUUAGUUUAAUGUUAGUGCAGUGACAGGAAAUACACAUUAUGCUAAUGUUGAUGACAGAAUUUAUUUGGUUGCCUUGUGCGUCAAUUGAAUGCAUACUUAAUUGUAAAAAUUUUUAUUUACAACAUUGGAAAUUCAGAAGUUAAUGUUUUUUGUAAGCACAAAAGGAGUAUGAUAGAAAUUUAUCCUAGCAAGACUUUAUAAGGUAAGAUGAAAUUCUAAUGGAAUUGAGCUGGUUUCUUAUCCUAAAUGUUUCCUCCCUUUUUACAAUCUCUGUCCAGCACCUCUUGGUUAAAUAAUGUAUGCUCUGAAACAUGAAAUUAAAACAAAUCUAUGAAAUAAAUUAUUUUAAAACCAGAA